CAGGGCUGGAACAGAUUAAUGGCAUUUACAUUCAUUUCAAUGUGGCGAGAUGAUUUGCUGAGUAAUGGGCCUAGUCAUGGAAUUAAUUAAACUUGUAAGUCAACACUCCACUGUUUUUAAAAAAAUGACAAAACAUUUGGAUUUUGUUCCUUUCAUGGUAUUUUGUUUUUAAUUUACAAUUUCAUGGUGGUUAAACGUGUCAAAUUGAUCCACAAAGAUUUUUUGGCACAGCAAAUAAAUCUUUUUAUGACAGCCUGAAGCUAAUAAUUUCAGUCCACAUUAUUUCCAAUGGGAAAAUUUGUUUCUCAAAACAUCCUGCAAGUCAUCGUUUCUCAGCAGAUUGUGUUUGUAUUGGAUCUCAUAAAAUAGCAACACACAAUAACAUAAAAAUACCCCAGAACAACAUAAAACAACAAACACAAGGCAGAGAAAGAGAGAGAGAGAGAGAAAACGAAAGGACGUUGCUCAGAAGUCUCAUCCUUCCCGUAACCAUGACAACAAGGAUGCUGGCAAUUACCCCAGUUAAUUGAUCCACAAGUAGCCAGUAAACACUUUUCGGGUAACAGUGACACAAUGUGAGGUGCGAAAAAGUCAGGCUGCCUUACAUCGAGUGACCAGCCUCAAAUCUAAUUGGAGGAGGGAGAGGGGCUGUUUCUAAAAAAGGAACAUGUUCCCUGGAUGCAAGCGGAUGACGCAGGGAACGUACGCUCGGCGUGGGUGUAUAAAAAAAUCUACGGCGGGCUCUGCUCGGCGCGCACAUGGCCAGAGGAGUGAGCCGGGCUCUGAGCUCCUGAUAUCCAUGACGAGUGAACCGAUACGAAAAUGAACACGACCGAGAGGUUCACCCCCCUUGGCGGGCAUCCUCACCCGCCACACCCAGCCCUCAGCCCAGCGGUCCAGCAGAAGCACCCGAAGGUGUCCAACCUAUCCAAGACAGGGCUGGGCCUCCUGGAAACAGUCAAGGGACGAUGGAGGCAGCAGGACAAGAGAGGCACGCCGGAGGAGGCCUGCGUCUCCGGUGAGGUUGCGCCGGGUGACAUCAAGCCCCGGAACUGCCAGAGAAUUGUGGUGCUGGGCGCUCCCGGGGUGGGCAAGACCAACUUGGUCAGGCGCUUCCUGGGGGAGGAAUUCCAAGAGAUGUACGAGGCCACGGCGGAGGACUUUCACAGGAAGCUGUUUCACGUCGGAGACGAGACGUAUCAGGUGGACCUCCUGGAUGCCACCAGAGAGAGAAAUUUCCCGGCAAAACGGAGGCUUUCCAUACUGACGGGUGACAUCUUCCUGCUCGUUUUCAGUUUGGACAACAGAGAGUCCUUCAGUGAAGUUCGCGAGCUGCUCAGCGAGAUCAAAGUCGCAAAGACAAAGUUGGUCAAGUCCAAACGUCCGUCGAGGUUACCUGUGGUAGUUUGCGGCAACAAAGCGGACCUGGACGCUCACAGAGUCGUCAGUCGGUCCGACGUCACCGAGGCCUUGACCCGGGACGUGGCUUUCUUUGAGACCUCCGCCAAGCUCGGCACCUCGCUGGAGGCCGUGUUCGGGGAACUGGCGGCCAUGGGCGGCCUGCCCUACGAGACCACGCCGUCGCGGCAUCGGCUCGUCUCCAUGGUGACCUAUCAGUCGCUAUGCCGGCGCGGCCGCGGACGGAGCCGCACGCCCGGGGAGGCCGCGCCCUGCGCCGCCGUGGACACUUUGGCGAGGCGUCCGAGCUUCGGCAGCGACCUCCGGCUGGUGCUUGGAUCAAGCGCCAAAGCCAACAAACCCGAGAGGUGUCCGAUUCAAUGAAUUGCGAACCCUCUCCGCAAAAACCAAUUGUAGUAGUAUGCUGCAAUGUUGUAUUAUGUAAGGAGUUAUACUCUGCAUAGCACUUGGCUGGACCGGUGCAUUCCUAUUUUUUGUACAUAACAUGGUCACGUUAAAAACGGUUCUUUCUCAACAGAAAACGAUGCAUACUGUAUAGUCAUGCAAAUGACAUGAAUGUAAAUGUUUCUUGGAUACACUGAAAAUAAAAACGA